UGGACAUUGUGUAUAUAAAACAUUUGUUAUUGCUCAUAACACAAUUUUAUUUUUAAUUUUUUACUACAACCUGAAAGCAUAUAGUUAUUUAGUUAUCUCUUGUUUAUUUAGAAUUGCCCAACACGGAAUUCCCACGAAAUAUAUUGUAAUUCUUGAGAUAAAUAUAUAAUCAUGGGUUGCGAUGGAGGAACAAUUCCCAGGCGCGAUGAGCUGGUCCGCGUGAAGCAAAAGCCAGAGCAGAAAGACAAGGAUGCAGAGAGGGAGUUCCGUUGGCGCCACUGCACCUUGACCCAACAAAGCCUCCAGGAGCCGAUCGCCAUGUGCGGCAUGGGCAGGCUGUACUCCAAGCAGAGCGUCAUUGAGCGACUGCUGGAGAAGGAACCGAUGCCAGAGACAGCUGCGCACGUGAAGAGCAUGAAGGACAUUCGCCAGCUUAAUCCCACACCCAAUCCUGCCUUCACAGAGGAGGACAAAACUGAGGGACUAUUGGACACACGACAUUCUCCUUACAUCUGCAAGCUGAUUGGCCUGGAGAUGUCCGGCAAAUUUCGCUUUGUGGCCCUUUGGAGCUGCGGAUGCGUUUUGUCAGAGCGUGCCUUGAAACAGAUCAAAGGUAGUGUGGCCAGCACUUGUCCGCUGUGCCAGGCUCCCUACAGCGUCGAGGACGUGGUGGUGCUCAAUGGCAACGAGGAGGACAUGGAGCUCAUGCGGGUCAAGAUGGAAAUGCGUGCGGCCAAGCGCAAGUCCUCCAAGAAGGACAAGAAGAGUGCUAAGAAGGUGGAGGUGAAAGCUGAGCCCGCAGAGACACAAGAGCCAGUGGCUUCCACAUCCAAGUCUGCAGCCGCAGAGAAACCUACUACUAGCACAAAAACCAAGGCGGUCGGACAGGUCAAACGACUGGGCGCCGUUAAUGCAAUGCAGGAUCCCGAACUGAAGCGUCUCAAGAGCGACUUCAGCGUGGCCAAGGACCCGAAGGCCACCGAUGUCUACAAAUCCCUUUUCACCUCCCAUAAAACCGAAAAGGACCAGGAGCGCGCCCACUGGGUCACAUACAAUCCAUUCUACAAUUAGUCUAGAUUUCGUUUAAGUUUGCUGUGUUAUAUCAGUCACUUGUCCACAGUUUGAUCGUUGAAACCUCACACACAGUUUCAAAAUAUACAAUCGACAAUGUA